ACAUCCGAAUAAAACUGCGCAUGUCUUUUAAAACAUACCGAACCGGGACACGACUUGAAUGAUCACCUCGUUGAUUUAAUGGGUCCAAUCAUUGGGAUGUCACCAGACAAGAAAACGGAAAUUCCGGGCAUGCAAGAAGAGCGGACGGGACUCCGAGGUGUUUGCGGUGUGGGAACCCUGCCCGAGGCGGAGUGCGCGUCCAGCCCGCUCGCGACCAGCGUGGACCGCGCCGGAGGCACCGAGGACGAGGAGCUCACCAACCUCAACUGGCUCCACGAGAACCUGCUGCAGAACUUCACCCUCGGGGGGCCCGAAGCGCAGCCGAGCGGCAGCCCCCUCUUCGACAUAGAGGGAGACUACGAGUCGAACCAGGGCCCGCCGUCGUCCUCGUCGUCGUCGCACAACAGGGGCAGGGAGCGGGACUCGUUGAAGUCGAAGCCGCCGUUCUCGUUUUCCCUCCUCAUCUACAUGGCCAUUGAGCAGUCUCCCAGCAAGUCCUUGCCCGUAAAGGAAAUCUACGGCUGGAUUCUCGAGCACUUCCCCUACUUUUCCAAUGCUCCCACCGGCUGGAAGAACUCAGUCCGUCACAACUUGUCUCUAAACAAAUGCUUCCGCAAGGUCGACAGGAAUUUGGGGAAGGCCAAUGGGAAAGGUUCCCUCUGGUGCGUUGACCCCGAGUACCGCCCCAACCUAAUCCAAGCCCUGAAGAAGCAGCACUUCCCGGCCGCACAUGCCUUCUGCACGCCCCCCGCCUCCCCACCCAGUGCCUCCUCGCCCCCUCGUCAUCUCUUUCUUCAAGGCUGCUCGUUCAAAGACUCUGAUAUUGAUGCUGCCACUGCCAUGAUGCUCUUAAACUCUGCCCCCGGGCACCACGUUGACCCAUGUAACUCUGACGGCCCGCUGGACCUCUCCCGACCCGACUCGGUCCUGGUCAGCAGCGAUCCGAAGCAGGACCACAACUACAGCAGCGUGGCGCUGCAGCGCUGCUCCUCGCGCUCCUCCUCCUCCUCCUCCCUGUCCUCCCUGGACGAGGGCGGCUGCGGCGGCGGACAGUCUCGCCGGGCCGGCAGCGAGGGCUUCCACAGCGACGAGGACUCGGACCUCUGGGACGAGAGGGGCGUCCAGCGGACUCCCCGGCGGCCCCCCGCCAUCAAGUGGCCCGUCGGCAAGCGGGCCCGGCGCGAGGCGAAGCAGGAGGUGGACGAGGAGCUGAAAGAAGCCGCCGGCUCCUUGCUGCACCUCGCCGGUAUACGCACCUGCACGGAGGGGUCCAAACGCACUGUCAAGAGCACAAAACUGCACAGGAAAUGAAGACUCUGGACCCCUGUGGAUCCUGACCUCUGACCCCUGAUCGUGUCCCAGUGUGCCUCCUUCUCCUUACCUGAUCGCUCUUUGGCCAUUUUGAGCCCUUUUUUUUUUAUUUGGUUGGGAGUAUCUCUGUCCAACAAACAAAUGGCAAUAGUAUCGUUCACACAGGAGAACAAAGCCAUAUAGAGUAACUCAAGGGUGGGGAGGGGGGUACUCCUGGGGAGACUGGGUGUUUGGGCUGUGAACCAUCAAGAUUACCUAUUCAAAAAACUAUCUGCCUGCUUCUGUCGAAUGAGAAGAUUGUGAUUCAAGAAUCCUUUUUUUUUUUUCAAAGACAAAAACUGUUGGGGUCGUGGGGGGAAAGCUGAAGGAUUUAUAACUGAAAGCGUUGCAUGCUUCCUCCUCAAACCUCUAUCCUCUUCCAAGUGAAUCUAUUUAUGAAGCAAAUGAGUGCAUGUUUGUAACAAACAAAAUCUAACCUCCUGGUGUUACCAGUUUCUCCUCUUUGUGCUACGGGAAUUAAAAAGAAAGAAAGAAAAAAAAAAAACACCGCUAUUUAAAAAAAAAAACAAAAGAAGCGUCCUCUUGUGAAACAUGCAAUAAUUAAGCCACAACCUUAACUUUUUUUGACAUUAAUUUACGGCGGCCUUUUUUAAGUUGAGUGUUCUAGUUCUUCGUUCCAGAAAAAAAAAAAAAAAAACAGAAACGGAGUAGUGUUAUCACCUUUUAAUACGCGAGCUCUGGCUCAGGAUUAACCAGAUGUGGAAAUAGUAUUAAUCUGCAACUGCCAAAUUUAGCGACGAGGUUCACUCUAGUUCUUUGCUCGUGUUUUUUGCGCUGCCGUUCACUGUUUGCCGACCCACCGCUCAUCCUGUCAGUCCUUUUCUUUUUCUAUGUGUUUUUUUUUUAUUGUGAGGCCAUAUUCAUGUUUGGUGACAGCCUAUGCAAAGUGAACAUCUGCCACCCGCUGCCAGAUGUUCACUGUGCCGUUAUAGGUUAUCAUCCUCCAUAGAUUGUARAUGUGUGUAACGAAGUGAAUGCAGACCCCACCCUGAACCUGUGAUGAUGGUCUUGGAGGAAAAGUUUGAAACUGCUUCACACACUUUCAAUUUUUUUUCCCCUGAUGUGUGCAAGUUUGAUAACUGGAUACGUUUUUAUAGUUUCAGCUGUUGUCAAACGUCAGACCAAGUGUCCACAGAUGCUGCCAUGUUCCAGAGUCUGUGGACAUUUAAGUCCCGCCUACUUCCCCACGCACAACCAUAGUGUCACAUGACCUCUUAUAAGCAUAAGAAACUAAUCACAGCUAAAGUUAUUCGAAAAAUUAAUAUUCAAAACUGGAAAAUUGGUAACUCUUUCUCUCCUUUCUGUAUGUGAAUUAAUUUGAAAGUGAAGUAAUUUAAACAAACCGUUUAAAAGCGAAGAAAAGAAGCAAACAUUUGUUGUUGCAGUUUGUUUUUGCCUCCUAAAAACAGGCAGCUCACUCUGCAUCCAGGUCAUAAACCGUUUAAAAGAAGGUGUUUCUAAUUGAGUUGAACUAUCCCAGAUGAUCUGGGAUGGGGGCGGCUGCAGCUGGAGAAAUCUGAACUUUACCGUCGGUGCUGACCUCAGCUCCGUCUGGCCGGGGAAGGGUUUCGUCGUCGCUCUUCCCUCUAGAACAGAAAUAAGGAAGUUCACGUUGUCAGUUGAUUGCACGCAGCUCGCAAGAAGGGAAGUUGCGAGGCGCUUUGUGUGGACUGAACGCUUUAGUUUUCCUCCCUGCACUCGUCGAGUGUCGCUCGGGGUUUGUGUGGGUUGGUGCCAAACAUUUUCCUGUGCCACUGAAGUCAAAGAAAAGGGCCAAAUCCACUAAAUUCCCCUGCUGCCAUGAUGUAUUUAGGUUAAGCGAUUCAAAAAAGGAAAUGUUCAGUCAGUACAACAAAUUCAUCUUUUAUUUUUUUGUAUUUAAUUUAAUGUUUUUUGUCACUUUGAAGCAGGAACUGUUGGUUGCAAUAUAAGCUGCAGUUCACAGAACUGUUACUGGCAUACACUGGUCUUGUUCAGCUGUGAAAAAAAGAACAAAUUAUUAUUAUUUUUAUUAAUCACCUUAUUUAUAAGUUUUAAUUUAUGGGAUUUUUUGAAUAGAUUCUUUAUCAGACACCGGUCAUGUGGAAAAAAAAUGACUUUUGUGAACUACUGAGUUUAUCUCUCCUUGUUUGUUUUACAGCAAUAGACUUUUACUUUUCUUAUUUUUUAUCUUUUAUGACAGUGGUUUAGGAUGUUGCCAAGCAGUUUCUUAUCCCCCACUUUAACCACGACUGCCAAUUUUUCUUUGUUUUGCUAUUUUUAUUUUUUUUAGUUUAAAUAGACUGGUAGCAGAAAAUCAUAAAUCUUGAAAACCAUUUUGCUGCCAAAACAGAUGUACAGCGAGGUUCAGCUACUUUAAUCAUUUUUGUCUCGCGUUUGGUUUAUGUUGAGCUAUUCUGCCAGGAUCACAGAUUAGAUUGGUUUAAAAAUAAAAUGACUGCCGUUCAUGCUUCCAGGUGUUGUUAUGGGAUGCUGGCAAGUUUGUCGCUGUAAACUUAAGGARGACUGCAGGAAAAUAAUAGAAAGAAUUUUCAAUGUUUUUGUUUUUCCAUAGCUUUGCAUAAAUAAAAGAUACGUUGGUCCUAAAGCGAUAGAAGCGARCAGCUAGUUUUCAGGUGCCAGGACUCAAACAACAAAAGUUAAUUGCUUCAUUGCUCAACAGUUAUUGAUUAUGUGAAUUUUGUUGCAGUUCRUUUGCGUUCUUGUUUUGCGUUUGACAAAGCUGCCAACCCAGUAUAAGUUUUAUCUGUUGUCUGCCAUGUCUGUUGGACUGACACUGUUUUGGUUUUUGUAUGCUAACCUUUGUUGAUAAAAUGUUUAUAAGAUUUAUUUUCGCCAAAGAUAUGCAAUUGCAUUAUAUAUGGUAUUACAAAAAUAUUAAUAAAAUCCUGUUCUCUUGUUUAUUUA